AUGUUAGUUGAAACAAAGGAGAGGAUUAUAAAACGUCUUCAAGAAGGUAAAUCAUCACGGAAUGUUGCAAAAGAUGUUGGUUGUUCCCAGUCAGCUGUGUCUAAAAUCUGGAGCAAGUACAAAUCAUAUGGGAAGGUUGUAAAAGUAAAACGUACUGGUAGACCAAGGAAGGCAUCAAAGUGGCAAGAUAGAGAACUGAAAGCAAUAUGCCUUGAAAAUAGAAAAUGCACAACAAACCAAAUGAGGAACAAAUGGGCAGAAACUGGAGUGAAUGUCUGUGACCGAACUGUAAGACAUUGCCUAAAGGAAAUGGGAUUUACAUACAGAAAAGCCAAAGGAAAAACAUAAUUAAUACCUAAACAGAAAAAAACAAGGUUACAAGAGAUAUUCACUCUCUCUAUUCAUCCUGGUAAUCAGUAUCACUGAAAGUGAAAGAAAAUCCCACAGUUUGGGUUGUUACCAGAACAGGAAUAGAGGGGAAUUCUUUCAAUAGGGACACUAGUUCUUGUGACAACU